AUGCCCUACAUCAUAUGUGAGUCUCAGUCACGUUUCACCCCAGGCAGGAGGAUCUCUGAUAACAUUACCUUGGCUCAUGAGCUGGUUAAAGCUUACACUAGAAAACACAUCUCAGCCAGGUGCAUGAUUAAGAUUGACAUGCAGAAAGCCUAUGACUCUAUAGAAUGGGUGUAUCUGGAGCAAAAACUGGAGAUGUUGGGGUUUCCUACAAGAUUCAGGGGUUGGUUGAUGCAAUGUGUGACAACUGUUAACUACACUAUAUUAGUUAAUGGUACUCCUACUACACCAUUUGAUGCUGCUAAGGGACUGAGUAGGAACCUCAAUACCCUAAAAUCUGAUAAGGCCUUCAAGUUCCACCCUAAAUGUGCAAGACUAGGUAUUACACACCUUAGCUUUGCUGAUGACCUCUUAUUAUUCUCAAGAGGUGACCUGAACUCUAUUGCUGCUUUACACAAGGCUUUUUUCACAUUCUCUCAAGCAUCAGGUCUUCAGGCUAACCUGAACAAAAGCUCAGUCUACUUUGGUGGAGUGACUGCAGCACCUCUUAUAGACAAGAUCACUAAGAGAGUGACUUCUUGGACUGCUAAGAAGCUCUCUUAUGCAGGGAGGCUAUUUAUCUUACCUGUUAAAGUGGUCAAGGCUAUAGAGGCAUAUUGUAGAAGCUAUGUGCGGUCGGGUGUUAAUACAAUCACCAAGAAAGCCUUGGUCUCCUGGGAAAAAGUUUGCACUCCUAAAGCAUCUGGAGGACUGAAUCUUACAAACUUACAGAUGUGGAAUCAUGUUGCUAUCAUCAAGUUAUGCUGGGACCUAGCUAGCAAACAAGACAGGCUUUGGAUAAAAUGGAUUCAUGCACACUAUGUUAAAAAUCAGGAGUUUGCAACUAUGGUUCUUCCUGGUCAUGCUAGUUGGAUGCAAUGUCAUGAGGAUAGAAGUCACUUGUUUGUUGGUUGCCCCUUUGCCAACCAGUUAUGGAGCAGAUUGUUUAGCUGGAUUCAGAGACAGUUUUCACCGGCACAAACAUGGGGGAAUCAUCUAACUUGGGUAUUGCAAUGUGGUAAAGGGAAGUCUCACAGAGCAAGGAUUUUUAGAAUGGUCUAUGCUGAAGGCAUUCAUUCAAUCUGGAUCGAAAGGAAUCAAAGACUCUUUGAGAAGAGAAGUCGAGAUGUUGCAAGUAUGGCACGUGAGAUUGUCUAUAUCUGUAAUGUUAGAGCUGGUCAUGGACUAUCUGCUACUAUUCAGAGUUACCAGUUUUAA